CUUUCGUCGUGCGCUUGGCAUCAGCGAACGCAGCAAUCUCACGCAAGCGCAAGAUCAGAGACCACACACAGACCAGACAGUGAACAGCAUCAACACCACAAGCGACUUUCCCGCAACCCACACUCGCUUCAAGCCACAUCCAUCCAUCCGUCAUGGGCAACCUCAUCAGUGCAAGCGGCGCGGCGUCCUGGGUCUACGGCCUGCAGGACGUUGACCGUGCCAUCGACCAGACCCUCAAGGAGCACGAGAAGCACGAGCGGGCCAAGCUCGACGCCAGCCUGAGGGUUGCCAAGCGCGAGCACGUCGAGGGCGCAAAGCCCGGCCACGAGCCCGUGCCCGUGCUCUCAUGGCUCUACCUGGGCGAUCGCUACACCAUCCGCGACCAGGAAGCCCUUCGCAAUGCUCGCAUCGCCUACGUGCUUCAGGUCUCCAACGUUGAGACGCCCGAGGAAGUCAAGGCGGAGCUCAAGGCCGCGGACAUUCGCCAGUACCUUCGCCUCCCUGCUGAGGACGUCGAGACCGACAACAUCAUCAUGGAGUUUGACAAGGCGUGCGACUUUAUUGACCUCGGCAAGAAGGCCUGGGACUCUGGCGACGAGUACCACCGCGUUCUGGUGUACUGCGACGAGGGCGUGUCCCGCUCACCAACCAUGGUGUUGGCAUAUCUGCUGCACCAGGGCUGGACUCUCAAGGGCGCCGUGCACUACCUCAAGCGGCUACGCCCAGCCAUUGCCCCCAACAAGGGCUUCUUCGAGCAGCUCCUCGAGCGCGAACACGACCUCUUUGGCCGCAACACCCUCUCCGCAAGCGACUACAACAAGCUCUUCCUUGAGUAGUCGUCGUCGUCGUCACCGUCGUCUUCGUGCAACCAACCUAGUUAUGUUGCUGGCAUUGCCCCUAUCUCGUCCUUGCCGCCUCCUCCUCAACAAGUUGCCCUGCCCAAACGCCAUGUUCUCCCCCUCCCCCGCCCCCUUUUGCUGACCCGCACCAUCUCAUCUCGCACAAACGUCAACGUAGCCAGUCUUUUUGCCACACCUCUGUUGUUUUCUUCUUCUGGUGUUUCGGUUUGUGUCUCGAGCCAUACCUCCACCACCUUUGUUUCGUCACCGACCGAUGCAUACCCCUCGACCUAUGCAUACUCCUCCUCCACCACCACUAUGUGUGCCUUGGGGUCGGUUCUUGCCUCGUACGCUUUUCUCCACGUUGUGCGUGCGUGCGUGCGUGUGUGCGUGUGUGCGUAUGUGUUCUUACAAACAAAAGGCAGUCGGCUUUGCGUUUGCGUUUGCUCGCUUCCUAUCACGCCCUGCUUUCAUCAACACGCGCGUCAGCCGUGCUUGUUAUCACACCACCAAUGUGCAUGUCCCACUGUGGGUUGCUGCCUUCACUUGCAGAAUCCGACCAAUCCUCCAUCCUCCAAAUACAAACAAACGCAAUUGUACGACCCGCUGUCUCACACAUGACGUGUAUACGGGAAUGGCCAGCACCAUUGAACGUAAUCAAAAUGUUUUCGGGGGUUUGUAAUGCACGUGUCAUUCAACAACAAGCCAA